AUGCAAAAAUACAAAUAUUUUUCAGGAUUUUGCCGUCUGGUGAGUUGUAAAGUUCACCAUUAUUCAAGAAUGUGUGCAGCUGUAAAGUAUCUUCCAGGUGAUGUUGUCUGGGUAAAAGUGCCUCGCUAUCCAUGGUGGCCUGCAGAGGUUGUGGCACAACAAGAUUGUAAAAUACCAAAUAAUGGAAAGAAAGAUCCUAUUGCUUAUAUCACAUUUCCUUGUGAAGAUGCUUAUGAUAUCAUACGUUCAGAAUCUAACAUUAUGCCAUUUGACUCAGAAAAUAAAAAGAAUUUCAUUAAAAAAGGUGAGAAUCUGCCAAAAGAUUUGAAGGAAAGGUUUCUACUGGCUCUGAGGACAUCUCAAAAAACUCUUAAAAAAAGCCAAGCCACAGGAUCGAAAAGCAGCAGCAGUUCUUCCAACUGUGAUGAUGCUUUUCCCAACCUGUCAGGCAACUCCGAAUCUCCAUUCUCUACUCGUCACUUUCCAAGCCAUGAGCCUACUUUCCUUCAAGAAACCCCCACAUCUAUCUCUACCAAUACAUCUUCUGCCACUACUGCAACUGCCUCCAUCUUAGGUUCCAAAAGUAUCACUGGCAAUUACACAAAUGAAAUCAGUGACCAUCUCCAAUAUUCAUGUGGACAGUGCAACUUCACUACUUCUCGUCUAAACCUGAUGCUUAUCCACUAUAAACCAGAAGAGAACGUCCUGCGGUGCCCUAAUCUCCCAGAAUCCAUUGUUUUAAAUGCUGAGUCCCGGAAACGUCGUCUUGCAGAAAGUGAUGCAUACCUACGAAACCAGCAGUUCAAAACUUCACGUAAAGCAUCCCCAGCCGAACCUGCUGGGCGUGUCCCUUGUUAUGCCCGCAUUCCUGCCUCACCCACAAGUCAUAAGUCAGUACCAUUAGGCCAACAAUCCAAAGAUAAUAAUGAAGAGAGUGUAGAAAAUUUGAAAGAUGUCGAGACUGUUUCUGAAACAGACAAGUCAGGUGUAUGCCAAGAGAGACAAGUUAAUUCUGCUUUGAACACUGACAACAAAGUUGCUUAUUCAGAUGAUAGCUCUUGCAGUACUGAUGAUGAAGUUGCAGGCCUAAGUGCAAUGAAAUCAGAUCUUCCUGUAGUGGAAAAUGAUACAGUUUGGGUGAAAUUUAACAAAUAUCCAUUCUGGCCAGCUUUGAUAAGUAAAGUAUACACAAAAAAGCAUCAUAUUUACCGACUCAGUGUGCGCUUCUUUGGUGAGAUAUUGGCUAAAGAAACACUUGAUUUUGGGAUAAGUUACAGUAAAGAUACAGUCAUUUCAUUUAAUGAUCUUCGUAAGGAAGAAUUUAUUAAACAAGGCCAAGAGUCUGAAUGGAAAGAAAAAUUUGAAGAUGCUCUGCAAAAAGUAAAUGACUAUAUGAAUAAAAAAGACGAUGGAGAGCUGACUCCUAUCAGUGAUGAACAAUACUUAUGCAAAUCAAACAGUAGUUCACCAGAUCCUUCACACUCUGAGAAAAAUGAUGUAGAAAGCACAACUAAUGAAUCUUCAUGGUAUCCUGUUCAGAAUGUGAACAUUGUGGAAGAGAGCCAAACUGUUGAUAUGGUAACCAGUGAUCUUGUGGAACCAACUGAAGAUGUUUGCCAAACUGUAUUAGAAUUGGAAAAUUCUGAAUCUUCCAAGGAAUUUUCUGCUCCCACAGUCAGUGUAAUGCCAGAAAUUUGGAUUCCUAGUGUUGACGAAACAAUUGGCAGCGAGGUCGUACUGCAUGACAUUGACCAAGAUGUUCUGUACAAGUCAAGACUGUACUAG